AUGAUCAGCAUCCCAGAAGUGGUUGAAAGGAAACAUAUUAACAGUGUUUUGAAGCCAGAUUUCUCGACUCUGCAUCCGUGUCAUUGGAUUUCACAAAAGAAUUAUCCUUACACACAAAAGGACAAGAACAUGUUUUUGAACGGAGAAGAUGGUAAAUAUUCAUUUUGUUCCGUUUUGUGCGAUAUAUACUGGCCUAAUAACCAGCCAAUGUAUGCCUAUCCAAGAUUUGUUGCUCAGAGGCUUAUCAAAGAGCUGGAGGAUAAAUAUAAUCUACGGUUAUAUUCAGCUUUUGAACCGGAGUUUAGGGCUUUUGUAAAGGGAAGCUAUGAGUCAUCGUGUUUAGAACCAAAGUCGAACGACGUUACCCAAUUUAUUGACCUUAAAAAGCCAAUCCCUUGGACAAAUUUUAGAGACAUGUACAGAACAAGUUUACUGUCCGUUUAUGAAAACUAUUUUGCGGAUAUCGAUUACAAUAUGCAGCUAGCAGGGAUCGAUAUACAAGAUUACAGUAAUGAAGAUGGCGAAGGACAGUUAGAAUGUCCGUUAAUACCAACAUGGGGGUUGUCGGCUGCAGAUAAUUAUUUUAUAUUGAAACAGGCUGUAAAAGAAAUCGGAACUAAACAUGGGAUGGAAAUUUCGUUUAUGACUACACCAUUACUGGACUCCAGCUCUAGUGGGUGUCAUUACAACCAUUCUCUGUGGUACUCUGAUAAUAAUCGUAAUGCAUUUUACGAUGAUAAAGAUCCUGAUCGAUUAUCUACUCUAGCUCGUCACUGGAUUGGAGGCAUCUUGGAACAUUUGCCAGCUAUGUUAGCUAUUUCUUGUCCAACAGUAAACUGCUACAGAAGACUGCAUAAACAUCUUGCUCCCUCCUGUGUGAAUUGGGAUUUUCAUGAUAGGUAUGUAUCAAUUCGUGUAAAAAACUUUGAUGAGAAACAGACAUACAUAGAAAAUCGUAUACCAUCGUCCGCAUCUUGUUCUUACCAUGUGCUUGCUGCCACAAUAGCAGCUGGACUAGAUGGCUUGGAACGUCAGAUACACCCUCCACCUUCAGGUUUGAAACUAGCAAAUGGUCAAAUUGGUGUCUGUAAAGUACUUCCCAAUACAAUUCAACAGGCUCUACAUAGUCUUAUGGAUGACAAAAUACUUGUGAACAAGUUGGGAGCAGAUUUUGUUGAUUGGUAUAUUCAAGUGAAAAAGAAUGGAGAUUUGUCAUCACUUGGUCAUUUAAAUAUACAUGAUAAUACUGAAGAAACACUGGCUUAUGAAAGAUAUGAAUAUUUCAACUUUAUGUGA